AUGGUACAGAGGCUUUCAGAGAUACUUACGGUACGGUCAGAGUUCAAUUUGUUUGAAAGCAUCGCGAACCUAGAGCCAUUUGAUCUGAAUCGGUUAGAUAAAGUUGUUGAUGAAGUAUUAAGUUAUAUUACUGAUGUUAAGGGGAUAUUCCAGUUUGUUUCUACUCUACCUCUUGAUUUGAAGCAAAAUUUAAACUGGCUUGCAGAAGGAAGAAAUAGAUAUUAUGAUAUCCAUAGAAAAAUUGAUUCAAUAGAUUCUCUUGUGUUACAAUCAUUAAAUUUAUUAGAAGCUAAUUUUGAAAUUGAUGAGAAAAUUGCUGAUUCUGGUAUAUUUGAUAAACUUGAUGUUCUAGGAGAAAUUACAUUAGAGGUUAAACAAUCUCAUUUUACACAAUUUAAAAAUGAAAUUGAUGUAUCUACUGAAUAUAAUGAAAUAUUCAAUCUUACAAUGAACUCAAUAAACAAUGAAUUGGAAAGUUGCUUAAAGAAAUGUUUUAGAAUCCAUGAAAGAAGAUUUAGUUCACCUGUGCGUCAUGCUCCAAAUUUCAAUCUAGAUCUUUUAACCAAAAAAUUAUUUAAACAAAAAUCUGGUCUUCGAUUACCUUUACUUACCGAAAUUGAAAAUCAACUUUAUGAAGAAUUUUUAGAUUUGAAAAGUACAGUUGAUCCAUUAAGGGCAAGUUUAGAAUUUAUACCAUCAAAAAUUCAAGAGUUCCAAGAGAAACAUAAAGAUUUAGAUGAAAUUAAUAUCGCUAAUAUAAGACAAAAAUAUAAUUCAUUAAUUAAAGAAUUGAAUUUUCUACAAAAUGAAGUUGAUGAUUUAAAAUUUGAAUUAGUUGAUAAAAGAUGGAGUGAAAUUUUCAGUUAUUUAAAUACAGAAAUGUCAUAUAUGAUUGUUAGUGUACAAAAAGAAACUUCAAAACUAUCACAUCUAAAAGAUUCCAACUCUUCAAUUGAAUCACAAGUUCUAAAGAAAAUCAAAUAUACUACACAUAUUGUUGAUAAUACAUUUGUUGUUAUAAACCAAGCUAUUGAUGAAAAAUUAAUUGAUUUUGCUACAGUGGAAAAAAGUAAUGGGUUAGCUGAACGUUGGCUAGAAGUUAAAGAAUCAAUACCAGAUGAAUAUUUACCUUUCUUAGAAGCUGAUGAUGAUGAUGAUUUGGAGGAACUUAAGAAAUUUAAAACUUUAUCAUUAGAUGAUGGGAAUUCGAAACGUGAAGAUAGUGAUAAUACACCAGUAAAGAAUAAAAGAAGGAGUAGAGCUGGUGAAUUUUUUAUGGGUAAAUUGAAUCUAAAACCUAUUAUGAUAGAAACCAAUCCAACAUCUGCUAUAAAACAGGAUAUUAAUGACGUGCCGAAACAUAUACUGUCUGAUAGUCAUAAACAUAACAAACUUGAUAGUACACCAUCGAAACCAGGCUCAUCAACACUAGAUGCACAUUCACUACAAAAGAUUCCUGAGUUAAAAACAGCAUUAUCUAAAGAAACUGAAAAUUUAAUAGCUAAAAAUUAUCUUGCAAGUCCACCAUCGGAUAAAAGUGAUAGCAAAUCUUCAAUGAGUCCAAUUAAAGAAGUACAAACACCAGAAGCUUUGAAAAUUGAUAGUCAUAAAUAUGAUGUUUUCCAAACCCCACGUCCAUCUGAUCUAAAUAGAAGAAGAUCACUACAAGUACCGUCAUCAGUUUCAAGAUUACCUGUUUUAUCUAAAUCAAAAGAACCAACUGCUUCUAGAAUACCUAGACCUAGCUCUCGUCUGGGAGCUCAUGAUAGAGAAAGAUCAUUAUCAAAAGAUAAGUCACAACCUGUUGAAUCAUCAAUCCAAAGAAAAUUGAAUAGACCAGCAAGUGCCAUGGCAUCAACAAGACUUACACAAUCUGAUAGGCCACCAUCAAGAGCAGGUGUUUUGAAUAAGAGACAUUCAAUGAUACCACAAACACCAGUCAGAUCAUCUUAUAUGGUUAAACCUGUUGAAAGAACAAGUUCAAGAAAUUCUGAAUCUAGAAGACGUUCAUUAUUACCACAACCAACACCAGUAAAAGAAAUAAUUGAGAGAGGUGGUUCAAGACUUGGUGAAAGAAGAUCAUCAGCAGAGGUUAGAACACAGAGAUUUUUAGAUAGACCAGAAAAACCAAUUUGGAAAUGA